AUGAAGACUGUACUACCUAAUAUAGUUGUAGACCAUGAUAAGCCACAAUUAAAUAACUUCAUGCCUCAAAAAAUGUGCAGAGAUUUCAAAUAAAGAAAUUGAGUUACCAGAGGAGAAGUUACAAGUUAUUAGAGAAAAUGUUAUUCUAAAUAAUGAGAAAUUUUUGAAACCUCGGAAUAAGAACAGGAGAAAGAUUAGAUUUAACACUGAGAAAGGAAUUUAUAAGACUUCUAAGCCAAAAAGUUUUAAGGAUUUUGGCAAGACAAGGAAUAAUUUAGGAAAGCUAAAAGCAAACCCUUCACAUGGAUCCAAGACCAUGAUGCAGGAGUACUUUAAAUUAUCAGAUCCAAAUAGUAACACUCCUAGCAUCAGUUCAAAGAAGAUGGAGACUGAAAACACGAAGCUGCAUAUGUUUAAUAUAAACUCUAAACGGGCCCAUAACCUAAUGAUGUAUAAAUAAGCUGAAUAAGGGUCUCUUCAAAUACAGAAAGAUUGUGAAAUUAAUAAAGAUCUACCUUCUUAAGACAUCUUAUGCUAUUUAUAACAGGAUAAGAAAAACUCAAGGCAAAGAGCCUCAAAGCUUCCUUAUCUUUCCCAGAGCAUUCAAGACCAAGAAUACAGACCUUGAGAGGCAACUGAGGGAUAUCAAAGCCAUUAAAUGAGGGCCAGAACAAUCCUUCAGUUCACCCGCGUCUGAAGCAAACCUAAGCAAGGGAUUCGCACAAGGGAUUAUUAAAUAAGUUCAAGAAAUGAAUGAAGUCAAAACUAGGCUCCAGAGCGAGUCAGUAUUUCUCUCUGAAGGGAUAUCGCAGACAAAGCAUCUACCCUAAAGUAGCGAACAAGAGCCAGAAGAAAGGAGUUUUGUAUAAGGAAUUUCUGAAGAAGUCUCAUUCUUACAAAGGGCUUAGCACUAGGUCUAAUUCAGGGUGAAAUCCCAGAUCCAGGAACCAGUUUUUCGAGUCUGUCACCAGAAAGCCUCAGAAGAAUUAUUAUGAGCAGUUAUAUUCAUUGAGUAGUAAAAACACAAAAUCGUACUGAGACUUCCGUGCGAAUUCAGGGAUAUAGAAUCAUAAUAAGACUUGCUAAUAAUUAUUUCAAUCACUGU